AUGGCGCGCUGGCUGCAGUCCGCAGGCCUGCAGCACCUCGCGGCGUCCUCGGCCGCGGGUGGGGCCGGGGCCGGCGACAUCCGCGGCGGUGGUCUCAGCGGCGUUGGUGGCGGCGGCCUUCUCCCGAGUCUUAUGCAGGGAUAUGGGCCACAAUCAAUCGAGGAAAAACAGAAGCUUUAUACAUUAUUGAGGAGCCUAAAUUUUAAUGGCGAAUUAGCAUCUGCAUCUAUAUCCGAGCCCUAUACUCCAACAGGACAGAGCUUUUCUGGUGGUGCUCCUGUAGAUGGAUUUUAUUCACCUGAACUUAGAGGUGAAUUUGGGGCUGGCCUUUUGGAUCUUCAUGCAAUGGAUGACAGCGAGCUUCUUUCUGAGAAUGCUGCAUCAGAACCAUUUGAGCCUUCGCCUUUUAUGCCAAAAGAAAUGGAUGACGACGACGAUGACGUAAUAACAGAAAACCAGCAAGGGCUAGUAGACAACCGGAGUAGUGCCUUCACCAACGAAAAAGAGAACACUGUGGUCGGUGCUAGAGAAAGUAAUGUAGCAAAGAUUAAAGUCGUGGUAAGGAAAAGACCUCUGAACAAAAAGGAGGUAUCUCGAAAAGAGGAAGACAUCAUAGAUGUACACAAUUCUCAAUUCUUGACUGUCCAUGAACCUAAACUAAAGGUGGAUUUGACAGCUUAUGUGGAAAAGCAUGAUUUCUGCUUUGACACUGUCUUGGACGAGAAUGUAACUAAUGAUGAGGUGUACCGUGAGACUGUGGAGCCUAUUAUACCAAUAAUUUUCCAAAGGACAAAAGCAACAUGCUUUGCAUAUGGCCAGACAGGCAGUGGCAAAACCUAUACAAUGCAACCCCUACCUCUUAGAGCUGCACAUGAUAUGGUUCGUCUUUUACAUCAACCUAUGUAUCGGAAUCAACAUUUCAAGUUGUGGCUCAGCUACUUUGAAAUUUAUGGUGGCAAACUCUUCGAUCUUCUCAGCGAAAGGAGGCAACUCUUAAUGAGAGAAGAUGGAAAGAAACAGGUCUGUAUUGUUGGUUUACAGGAGUUUGAGGUUUCUGAUGUCCAGAUUGUCAAAGAAUACAUUGAGAAAGGAAAUGCUGCAAGAAGCACAGGCACAACUGGAGCCAAUGAAGAGUCAUCACGAUCUCAUGCUAUUCUGCAAUUGGCUGUGAAAAAGCAUAUCCCAGUUACUGAAACCCGGAGACAGAGAGACCGAGAUGCUAUUGAAGCAAAGAAUACAAAGCUUGUGGGGAAAAUGUCAUUCAUUGAUCUUGCUGGAAGUGAGCGUGGUGCUGAUACAACAGAUAAUGACAAACAAACAAGAAUUGAGGGUGCAGAGAUCAACAAGAGCCUUUUGGCUCUCAAGGAAUGUAUCCGGGCACUGGAUAAUGAUCAAAUACACAUUCCUUUCAGAGGAAGCAAACUAACAGAGGUGCUUCGGGACUCCUUUGUUGGAAACUCUCGAACAGUGAUGAUUUCUUGUGUUUCACCAAGUUCAGGUUCAUGUGAACACACACUGAAUACCUUAAGAUACGCCGACAGGGUUAAAAGUCUUUCAAAAGGUGGUAACACAAAAAAGGAGCAGUUUGCUGCGCAGUCUGUAUCAUCAGGCAAGGAAUCUACCUACACACCAUACCCUUUAUCAUGUGAAGCUGAAGAGACUAUGGAGCAGACUCAAGAAUUUAGGCCUGUUGAUUCUUCUAGGAAAGGUGUUGACAGUUUCACUUCCAAUUCUUCUGUGGAACCUGAGAGAAACUCCUAUAGUACGAUUCCAAGCUAUCCACAUAGAAGAAAAGAAGAAACUAGUACUAGAUCUGGUUUGAAUGAUAGGGAGAGAGGGGACUUGAAAUCUAACCAGGCUGGUUUUAAUAGUAAAACACAGUCAGUUCAGGAAUCAAUAAAUUCACAAGAAGAGGUGAAAGUGACAAAAGUCUCACCGCCCUGGAGAAAAGCUAACAGGGAUGAGAAAUCAGAAAGGCAGGUCAACUACAUGAAAAAAGAAAGUGGACCUGAAACUAGUCGGACUGUUGUUAAGCAGCAACAGCAACUUAAACAGCAGCAGCUGCAAAGACCAUCAUCAACCUCAGCAUCACAGGUUUCAUCCAAGCAAUCUGAAAAGGAAGAUAUGGAAAUAAAUGCAGUACUUGAGGAAGAGGCGCUGAUAGCAGCUCACAGAAAGGAAAUUGAAAGUACAAUGGAGAUGGUGCGGGAAGAGAUGAACCUAUUAGCAGAGGUCGAUCAGCCAGGUAGUCUUAUUGACAACUACGUGGCGCAGCUAAGCUUUUUGUUGUCACGGAAGGCUUCUGGUUUGAAGCCCCGGAUAUUGGAAUAUUAUAUCAUGGCCUCCAACAUCGCCUUAAAAGAAGGGAAGGACGGACAGGAUCUCAGGGUGAUUAGGCUGGGAGAUGGAAAUGUGGGCUGA